CUCCCUUUCUGUAACUCUGCCAGCACCUUUCAUACUGUAACACACUCUCUCUCUCUUCGGCGGAGCUCAUAUAGGGUUUUGUUGUUUGAAUCAGAGCAAUGUUGAGGAGGAACAUAAGAUUGAGGAGAGAGUACCUAUACAGGAAGAGCUUGGAGGGCAAAGAGCGUUUGCUUUACGAGAAGAAGCGCAAAAUCAAGGAAGCCUUAGAAGAGGGGAAACCAAUCCCCACCGAGCUCAGAAACGAAGAAGCAGCCCUUCGCCAAGAAAUCGACCUUGAGGAUGAACACACUGCUAUUCCAAGGUCAACAAUCGAUGAUGAGUAUGCAAAUGCAACAGAAAGAGACCCUAAAAUUUUGCUAACCACAUCCCGCAACCCGAGUGCUCCUCUUACACAGUUUGUAAAGGAGCUGAAGAUUGUAUUCCCUAAUGCACAACGAAUGAACCGUGGUGGUCAGGUUAUAUCUGAAAUUAUUGAAACCUGCCGGGCUCAUGAUUUUACAGAUGUCGUGUUAGUACAUGAGCAUCGUGGUGUACCGGAUGGACUAAUUAUAAGCCAUCUACCUUUUGGUCCAACUGCUUAUUUUGGAUUACUCAAUGUGGUUACACGGCAUGACAUCAAAGACAAGAAAGCCAUGGGAACAAUGCCCGAGGCUUACCCACAUUUGAUUCUUAACAACUUCUCAACUAAGCUUGGUGAAAGGACAGCUAACAUUUUAAAACAUCUAUUUCCAGUGCCCAAGUUUGAUGCAAAACGUAUCAUCACUUUCGCUAAUCAAUCAGACUAUAUUUCGUUCAGGCAUCAUAUCUAUGAGAAACGUGGAGGUCCUAAGUCAAUUGAGCUGAAGGAGAUUGGUCCUCGGUUUGAAUUGCGGCUGUAUCAGAUCAAGCUGGGAACAAUGGAUCAAGGUGAAGCCCAGGUUGAGUGGGUCAUUAGACCAUACAUGAACACAACCAAAAAACGGAAGAUUCUUGGAGAUUGAGCGAACCUUAAUUUGAUUUCAAGCCUUUUUUUGUGGAUCUUAGAGCAGUUGUAAGGUUGUUCUUUUGUAGACUAGGCGUCACAAAUUCAAGUCAUAGAACUAGUAUUUCCACAUGAUGGGCACGCCCUCUAAAGGGCGAAAGUCUUGUGCAUUAAGGCUGCUUGACUUUGUACGGAAACUAGUUCUAUUUGUGGUUAGUUUGAUAAGUUAUUAGUAGAAGGAAUCAGUAUCUCUCUCCACGCACCCAGGUGAAAAAGAUGACAUUUUUCGUUUUUUCCCUGGCCAUAUUUUUUCUGUUCAUUCAAUAAGAACACAACACAUGCAAAUUUUUAUUUUACGGCU